UGUUACUUUGGAGCCUAAUGUACUUGGUAUCAGUUUGAUUGGAUUGCUUCUCACAAAUCUCCAAAACAGAAUAAGGUUUAAUUUUUAUAAAAAUCGUAUUUACUCUUACUUUUAGUCUAGGGAAGCUACUAUUCCAUCUCAACAGAACUUGAAGACUCAUAUCAAAAUGUAUUGUGGAGAUUAUACACAAGGAACAAUUCUUCCUGCUCCAAAUUUUAACCCUAUAAUGGAUGCCCAGUUGCUAGGAGGAGCUCUACAGGGAAUUAGUUGUGAAAAAGAUGUGUUGAUUGAAAUCCUAACUCAGCGUUGCAACUCCCAGCGGCUCAUGAUUGCUGAGGCAUACAGAGACAUGUACAGCAGGGAUCUGGUAACAGACAUAAAAGAGAAUCUCUCUCAUCACUUUAAAGAAGUUAUGGUUGGCUUGAUGUAUCCACCUGCCUCCUAUGAUGCCCACGAGCUUUGGCAUGCCUUGAAGGGCGUAGACACAGAAGAAAAAUGUCUAAUUGACAUAUUAGCCUCAAGAUCAAAUAUGGAGAUCUUCCAGAUGAAAGAAGCCUACCUUAUGCAAUAUAAUACUGAUCUUCAACAAGAUAUUGAUUCUGAGACUUCAGGUCACUUCAGAGAUACACUCAUGAACCUUGCUCAGGGAACAAGGAUGGAAGGAUAUGCAGACCCUUCCACAGCUGCUCAGGAUGCAAUGAUUCUAUGGGAAGCAUGUCAGCAGAAGACAGGCGAACACAAAAACAUGCUGCAAAUGAUUCUCUGCAACAGGAGUCACCAGCAGCUGUGGAUGGUUUUCCAGGAGUUCCAAAAUAUCUCUGGGCAAGACAUAGUAGAUGCCAUUAAUGAAUGUUAUGAUGGAUACUUUCAAGAAUUACUGGUUGCAAUAGUUCUCUGCAUUCGUGACAAGCCCUCCUACUUUGCUUACAGGCUUUAUAAUGCAAUUCACGACUUUGGGUUUCACAAUAAAACAGUUAUUAGGAUCCUCAUUGCCAGGAGUGAGAUAGACUUGAUGAACAUACGUCAGCGAUACAAAGAGAGAUAUGGGAAAUCACUCUUCCAUGACAUUAAGGUAAGUUUUUGCAAACUUCUGCAUAUAUUCAGCACUGGUAUCACACAGACUGUACCACUCUGUUUAACCAUUUAGUUUAAAAUAAAACAAACAAAAAAGCAAGGUGUAAAAACGAUAGCACAUUGUCAGUGCCUCAGUUUGAUUUGAGUGACUAAUUCACUCUCAACUCGCUCUCUGUGAUUUUAUCCUUCCCCAAUGCGAGAUGUGUAUAUAAACAGGGUAUGACAGUGUGUGCUGAACAAGAGUUUGUAUGAGUGGUUUCUAUACUAAUUGAUAACAUCUCAUGUUAAUCCAUAAGGCUAGGCUGGUACCACUUUUGUGCAAAACUGAAGUAAAUAUCUGAUUUUAUCCUUGUGCUUAGGUAGUACCUUCACAAACCCUGCUCCCCUUGUACUCCUGAUCUGAUUUUUAAAACAAAACUUUGAAUCUGUUUAAUUGCACAAAAAAAAAAUGUCUCUUGCUAAGACACUACCUGUUUAAUGUCACUAUAAUCCAUCUGCAAGAUGCGCAGCAACUUUACAAAAUCGCUUAUGAAUUUUUGGUAUUGAACUUGAGAAUUAACAAACAGAUUUGAUCCGGCCUUUCAAAGAUAGAUUGUUUCAAGAUGCCCAAGCAACCAAAGGCCAUGGCAAGUGAAACUGAAAAUAUCUCAGCCUAGAAUCCAUGUGAAAACAGUGUAAUGUUUUUCAAAAUAUUAUAACAGUCUCGUCUUUUGUCAUAUACCAAGAAAAGAAAAAUUCAGAAAACUUACAGUCAGAGAAAUGUUGAUUUUUUUUUUUUUUCCUUGCAGCAUUUUGCUUCAGGGCAUUACGAGAGUGCUUUACUUGCUAUCUGUGCUGGUGAUACAGAAGAUUAUUAAGAAGAUGAACUCUGAAGGCAGUGCAAACCUAUUUUAAAUAGAAAUUGAAGCUAUACGCAAUGCACUAACUGUAAGAGAUCCCUAUUUCACAUAAUAAAACGGCAAAAUCUGUGUGUACUGCACUUUUGCUAAUAUGAAAUCUUUCUUGAGACAGGAAAAAUGUUGGCAGGAACAUGGUGUUUCCCUAGUUCUAAUUAAUAUUUCUGGUUUUAUGAGUAAUGUAAAUUAAUGGAGCAAGUGGAAAAAUUACUCCAUAUAAGCACUUGUUUAUCAUUUAGUGUCAGAACAUCCCAAAUAUUUAUCAACAGGCUCUGGAAGAAUUUAUUCACUUUCACACUGGAGAGAAAAAUAGUAUUUUGCUUCAUUUACAUUUAACAAGAGGAUUUCUUCCUUUAAGGAUUUUUUUUUUCCUUCUCUUUCCCACUUCCUAUACCUCAUAUUUUAUGCUCUUGAACAUUAUUAUUUUAGUUACUACCAGAAUAAGCAUCUGCCCCCAUCUAUUAUCAGUCACUCACCAGAGUGGUUUUAUAUUCUUUUACUUAGUUAGCUCACAUACUUAAUGGCCUUUCCUCCAUUCCGCUUGAAACUAAAGUAAAAAUUAGAAUCAAGUAGUCCAUCCAUUCCAGUGCCAUGUGCUGGGAAACCUGGAAGAUGAAGCAUUACCUAGCUUUAUGUAGAGAAGCUCCGGAGGAUUAAACCCUGAAUUCCACUUUUACCUAUCUCAUUUUAACCAUUAAUAUCGACGUCGGAGGCAUAAUAUCUCAUGCUACAUAUGAGAGCACGGAGGCAUUAUCCAGGAUGCCCCGGGUGGUACAAUUAAAGAAUUGACUGCUGCUGGGUAACAUUGCACCUCCGCGUGAGGCUGAAGGAUGCGGCGCUCCCUGGAACACCCGCGAACAGUCUGAGAUUGCAGCUGGUGACAGCAGCUGGAGACAGCAGCUCCCACAGCAACAAGGAAAGCCAACAGAGCCCAACCACGACUCCUCGCCCCACGGAAAAACGUGACGCUACUUUAAAUAUCCCGGCUCUGUUCAGGGCAGCCUAUCCGUGAGCCUUCCAGCCUCCGUGUAUGUGCCUGCUGUCAGCCUCUUACGGAAACAGAAGUGAGGGAAAGUUCACUAAAAUAUCUGCCCGUGGCUUUUCUCCCGCCGCCACAAGGUGUCCAACUGGACACAGACCUUCGGGAUGUUUUUAAAACAGAGAGGUACUUGCUGCAGAUGCAGUCCGUAUGACUGAAUAAAGCAGUGCUGCAGAAAGGCCCAAAUAAAUACGUCGUUGCUUUUGUGCUGUUUGCGCCUGUUGCUUCCCUCAGCCUCUGGAAAUAACGCCUACAUAAUUACACCGUAUUCUUCUUUGCAAAUAUCGAUAUCGUGUUACAAAUAUAUUGAUUUAUAAUAAAAUUUCUGUCAAAUCUCUCUUGA